AUGGAGUCCACAGAGGAGCCGUCUACGCCUUUCAGCACUUUUACCGCCCAGUCAAACAAGCUCCAAAGGCAAUACCAAGCGCUACUUGACAAGUCGACGCCGUUUGUCCUGUACCGGUGGGCUGGCACGGCUGUCGGCCUGUUCAUCUUUUUCAUCCGCGUGUUUAUCGCACAAGGGUGGUACAUCGUCGCCUAUGCCCUCGGCAUCUACCUGCUCAACCUGUUCCUGGCCUUCCUGCAGCCCAAGUUCGACCCGUCCAAUGAGGCCAUCGACAACGACAUGGAGGACGGCGCGGUCGGCUCGCUCCCGACCAAGCAGGACGAGGAGUUCCGGCCCUUCAUCCGCCGGCUGCCCGAGUUCAAGUUCUGGCACUCGGCCACGCGCGCCGUCGCCAUCUCGUUUGUGUGCGCCUGGUUUGAGAUCUUCAACGUGCCCGUCUUCUGGCCCGUCCUGGUCAUGUACUGGAUCAUGUUAUUUGUCCUGACGAUGCGAAAGCAAAUUCAGCACAUGAUCAAGUACCGCUACGUCCCCUUCACAAUGGGCAAGGCGCGCUACAACAAGAACAGCUCGUGA